GGCACAGCGAGAAGAGUGACAUUUGUGCGACGAGGUCCACGCAACUUUCUUGAGGUGUUAAAGUUGACGGAUGGUUACAAAACUACAACAAACACAUCCGCAGUAAGCAGCAGGAGACGAUGGGAAAGCUUCUCUUUAAUUUCUAUAAAUAUUGCCAUGGAAAAUAUUAAUUGACAACUGUGUGGACCAAUCGGUGACUGGGGUUGCCCCUGCCCCUUGAGCUGAAUGGCUGUGUGCAGAAGGGGGAUAGCAUUAUGGGCCGGCUGUCGGAGGAGGCACGGCUGCAGUUCAUUGGCCCAGGGAGAGGCUUGGUGGCUCAAACAUCCAAGGGAGCUGUCAGUUAAAUCAAAUCUCGAUGCAAGACUCCAUAGGCCCUCCCGAGCAAUCAGCAGCAUAUCAGGGGCCCUUGCCCUGCCCAGCUGCAUACGCCAUCAGACCGUGAGCCGGGCCAGUAUUGACUCAUCGCAGACUCAUUGUAACCCCCAUGCUGGACAGCCAAUAAGAGUGCCAUGCGAGGAAGAGGAGAGGGAAGAGACCGUCAGCGUGUGUGUGCUUGUGGGCCCCCGGAACAGUGUGGGCCAGCGCACCUUUGUAGAGGUCCCUGCAUUCGGACUUACUGAGCUCAGUGAACUGUUGUCCCCGGGAACUGCUAACAGCGGUGCGUUUCUCUUCCCUCUAACCACUGUGGACGGAAGGAGAGAGGACGACAUAAGCGUGAGAGGAGCUGGAGAGACGAAGGUUCCGGGGAGGGAGUCGUUCCGGAGGUUGUUUGAGGCGGAGAGUUGCCCCGCUCCGUUUGUUCGGGGAUCUCGUUUUUACUGCUUCCACUGCCCUGCCGCGGACGGCUUCAUGGGAUGUAUGGACAAGUCCAGGGUUACGACCGGACUGGAGCCCCGCACGUCAGCACUGUUAGCCCUGGCCCCCGUCUCUUACUUUGCACAUUCAGUGACCGAGAGGGGAGAGGGGAUGGAUGACAGAGACCGGGAGAAGGAAGAGAAACUGGCCCUGAUGCAUGACAAGUUGAGGGAAGAGUUACCUAGAUUCUUUUUGAAGAGUCACGACUACAGCAUGUACUCCCCUGAUGUCGAGUUCAUUAACGGACUGCUAAACACAAAGACAAGGGGCAGGGUGCUGUACCAGCUGUCCCUGUCUCUGUGGAAGUUGCUGUGCGCGUGCUACUUUGCGGACAUGCGGCUGGAGGUGCUGAAGCUCACCAAACACAGCGAGGACGGGACGGUGCGCGCCCGCUGGAGGCUGAGGGGCCUGCCCUUCCACGUGCUGCUGCUCCGUUUCUACAGGCGGGACAAGAGCAGCCUCUACAGGACAUAUGAUGCAUUUUCUACCUUUUACCUGGGGCCAGAAGGGCUUGUACGCUGUCACAGAGUUGACAAGGUGAUGCCAGCCCAGCCCCCAGUCUUGCCCCGAAUAACAUCAGUGUUAGCUGGGGCAUUAGUGGCCCUGGGACUACAGGAGCACAGACCUGCCUUGAAUUUGCUGCCCUUCCUUCUGUCCUCUUUCAGGAUAGGACUGGGGAGACAUUGAGAGAGUGAGCGUGCGUGGGGACAGAGCAGCGCAGUAAUUAAAAGAAGCCGUGUGUGUGCAUAUGUUUGCAUGCUGUUGUACAUGUGCGCAUCUGCGUGCAGGCACAUGGCAUGCUAGGGAGAGGAGAGAGAUACUGAGUGAUGGAGAGAUGUUGAGUUUCUGAGGAUGUAGAAGGAAGAGGUCACAUAGGAGAAAGAGAUGUCUAUAUGGUAUACUAUAACAAGCUGUUUUCCUAAUGACAUAAUGACAAUAUUGUUUACCUAAUUCAAAAUGAACUCACAAAUGAGCAGUAAUCUCUUUUUGGAUUAAAUUAUUUAAAUUUCCCUAUUGUUGUAACUCUGUGGAACAUUGACAUGAUUAUGUAUGUACUACAGUGACUACCAGUUUGAUUCUUUGAUACAUAUAUAUACAUUAUAUAACAGCAAGAGCAAGUAUAAAAAUGCCAAAAUAACUCCCAAGGCAGGAGCCAGUUUCUUCCCAGCACAUGUGUGACACACAUAGACUGUUUACAGACCAUAUAGGUAAUGUCUAGAAAUGUGUAUAACUGAACCACUCACAGUUGUUUGAGUUCUCUUCUACAGCAUCCACCAGAAAGACUUGCAUGCUCUUUGCAAAACUACAAUGUUGUAGGCAGUGUUAUGCAUUAUUUAUUCAGCUCUGGGAUCGUGUCACAUCUGUGUGAAUUUGUGUAUUGUAAAAAUGGAAAAUGACCUCCAGCUAUUGAUAAUCUCAAGGAAGAGUUUGUAUGAAGCAUUAUAGCUACAGCCAUUGAUUUCUUUCAAGCCUGCUAGGUGUUUCUGGGCCUUUAGGAUACCAGUUUAAAGAUUUCUGUCGAAGCCCCAUUUUCAUGUCACUGAUCCUGCUGUUUCAUCUGUAUGAUCCAUCAGUGAAAUAAUGUUUUGUAUGACUCAGAGCAUACAGUAACUGUCAAUCAAGUUUGAACGUGAAGCCAUGUUUUAUACUGGGCCCCUAAUUCGUUUGUCUGCUUUAACUUGAAAGAUGCGACUGGAUCCUCUAACUGUAUCCAGCAAUGUGAUGUUAGCUACCAAUGUUUACUCCUCUGGGUAUCUACUUUGAGAUACUAUUUAAACACAAAGCUAAAAGACAUUUGGUUUCUUGUUUUUCCAAACAAGUGCACUGUUUGAAAGGCCAAAAAUUGGGCAAGCAAUAAAGUGACAUGGAUAAGAUUGUCAUGCGUGUCAUCUCGCUUGAGAGAAAGGACAUGGAGUAUUAAUUUGUGGUCAGGCCCUUCAUUGGCACCUUACUAG